AUGGCGGCCGGUAAUGGAGCUGUCUACUGCACGAUCCUGCUGAGCGACAACUAUCUUCCUGGUGCUAUGGUCCUAGCCCACUCACUGCGGGAUAACGGGACGAAAGGAAGGCUAGCAGUGCUUGUGACGCUGGAUAAUUUGCAGCCAGGGAUAAUUGAUGAGUUGAAGACGGUGUAUGAUGAUGUGAUACCAAUUCCUCGGAUAGAGAACUCAUAUCCGGGGAACCUCUACCUUAUGGAUCGCCCGGAUCUAAUCUCAACAUUCUCAAAAAUUGCUCUAUGGAAGCAAACGCAGUAUGAUCGGAUCGUCUAUAUUGAUGCAGACGUGAUAGCUCUCAGAGCCCCUGAUGAGCUGCUCACGCUUGAUUUCAAAUCUAUCGCCGCAGUUCCAGAUAUUGGAUGGCCUGAUUGCUUCAACACAGGCGUCAUAGUGCUUCGUCCAAAUCUUAAGGAUUACUAUGCUCUCCUCGCUUUUGCUCAGCGCGGCAUCAGCUUUGACGGUGCUGACCAGGGCCUCCUAAAUAUGCAUUUCAAGAAUUGGGAUAGGCUAAGUUUUACGUAUAACUGUACGCCCAGUGGGCAUUAUCAAUACGUACCAGCAUAUCGAUACUUCGAAAGUACUAUCUCUUUGGUCCAUUUUAUCGGCUCUCUAAAACCGUGGAGGAUCGGAAGAAGCUCAUCACCGCAACAGUCGCCUUAUAACCAGCUGUUGGCGAAAUGGUGGGCAGUGUAUGACCGCCAUUAUCGCACAGGGCCCAUUUACAUCCCCCAACCUCGUCAUUACCAGAGCCAGACUUCCUCAUACGAUACUGGACAGAAAACGGGGCCAAUUGAACCCACACAACCGGAGAAGAAGGCUACGGGAGCAGUAGGGUGUGUAUACCGGGGGCGUGAAUAUACUGUUGUACCCGAGGCUAACACACCUCCACCAAGCGAGGAGAAGUAUUCACAUAGCAGCAUUCCUACACAACCUGCGGCAAUAAAUCAAGAAAAGCUCGAAGGAACCAUCGAGGUGGGGGCUUACAGCCAGAGGGCUCCAGAUAUUCAAGUGAUACAUCACGACCAAAAUACUAUCAGAUAUGACACCACCAGCUCCCCACACGAGAUCUAUAAUACCACAGAACCAGAAAAAGAUCAUCAACCAAGCAACAUUCCGCUACCUGAACCUACGGUUAGCGCCGUCCCGCAGUUUGUUCGCGGAGAAGAACAUAUCUCGGUUCCCAUUUAUCAUGGUCACCCACCGGAUAUAUUAACUCAUAUACCCCAUACAAAUUUCAACACCCAAUCCCCUCACACAGCUUCUCCGCCGGAGGAUCGAGGGACACUCCAGCCCCAUGGACACGAAACAUCACUAACAAAAGACACAGGAGAAGAGCGCUCUGUUGGUGGAAAGACCCCCGAAGUCGAACCUGUGGCGCCUAGUACUGGAGAAAUACUGCGAGCUGAACGCACUUUCUCUCCUCCCUUAGCUAGCAUGCACCACCACCCGUUGAUCGAAACCGGAGGCUGCUACCUUCCUGUACAGAUAUAUACGAUGUCAAAGGAUACUGAACUUUUCCAGCCUCCGACAUCAUACCCUGAAGCCCCAAAGAAUAUGUACUACCAGGUUCCAACAACAGCUCCCACAGCUACCAGACAAACGUCUGCUUUCCCCUGGGAACGAAGUGCCCCAACCCCAACUCGAGUUUUUAUUGGGGAGGAUGCCGAACCCAGUAAAGCUGCUGAGGCCUCGAGUCCUUCAUCCAGGCCGGCUUCCUUGCAAAGCAAUGGUUCCUCUGGGGGAUUUGAGUCGUACUCCCGGAACAACGCCUGGGACGAUAUGCCAGAGAUCGAAAAGUAUAUGCGUUCCCUCCAAAAGCCACGUCGCGUUGGCGUUUCAGUCAUUUCAGGGCCAACACAUACCAGAAAUCCGUCGACCGGAUUAAAAUCUCCAGCUAGGAAAUCGAAUCUGCGCCAGACACACUAUCCACCGGAACGUGAGCCGCCAAGUCCAGCUGUUACACCAGCUCUAGUAAUGAGGGGGCCAAGUACCUCUUCAACAGCUGAUGGUAUCUCGGAAAAUGAAGAGCUCCCUGCUGCUGAAGGUGUUCCGAGCCAGGCGGAAUGGGCCAGCUACUUAUACUGGAAGUUUACAGAACCCCGUACAACGCCUAAAGGAACUCCAGUGGCAGCUCCAAAUAAGCUGCUCUGGGAGUGA